AUGGAAGCUAACGAUGAGUCAUGGAACAGCGCUAACAGUGAGUCGUCCGGACCGUACGCCUCGUCCCGAUCCGACCGACUCGUUUAUCGGCGAGUUUCCAUCGGCUCCGACCUGCGGCUACAACACGACGCAAAGUCACCCAGAGACCGCGGAGACGCAGCCAACGCCGUUAUCAGGGCGCAGCAACACACGGCGCCGCGCGACGGGGACGAGACGAGGACGAGACGGAGACGAGACGGAGACGAGACGAGGACGAGACGGAGACGAGACGGAGACGAGACGGAGACGAGACGGAGACGAGACGAGGACGAGACGGAGACGAGACGGAGACGAGACGAGGACGAGACGAGGACGAGACGGAGACGAGACGGGGACGAGACGAGGACGAGACGAGGACGAGACGGGGACGAGACGGAGACGAGACGGAGACGAGACGAGGACGAGACGGAGACGAGACGGAGACGAGACGGAGACGAGACGGAGACGAGACGGAGACGAGACGGAGACGAGACGGAGACGAGACGAGACGAGACGGAGACGAGACGGAGACGAGACGGAGACGAGACGGAGACGAGACGAGGACGAGACGGAGACGAGACGGAGACGAGACGGAGACGAGACGAGACGAGACGGAGACGAGACGGAGACGAGACGAGACGAGACGGAGACGAGACGGAGACGAGACGGAGACGAGACGGAGACGAGACGGAGACGAGACGAGGACGAGACGGAGACGAGACGGAGACGAGACGGAGACGAGACGGAGACGAGACGGAGACGAGACGGAGACGAGACGGAGACGAGACGAGGACGAGACGGGGACGAGACGGAGACGAGACGGAGACGACGAGACGGAGACGAGACGAGGACGAGACGGAGACGGAGACGAGACGGAAACGAGACGAGGACGAGACGGAGACGAGACGGAGACGAGACGGAGACGAGACGGAGACGAGACGAGGACGAGACGGAGACGGAGACGAGACGGAAACGAGACGAGGACGAGACGGAGACGAGACGGAGACGAGACGAGGACGAGACGGGGACGAGACGGAGACGAGACGGAGACGAGACGGAGACGAGGACGAGACGGAGACGAGACGGAGACGAGACGGAGACGAGACGGAGACGAGACGGAGACGAGACGAGGACGAGACGGAGACGAGACGGAGACGAGACGAGGACGAGACGGAGACGAGACGGAGACGAGACGGAGACGAGACGAGGACGAGACGGAGACGAGACGGAGACGAGACGAGGACGAGGACGAGACGGAGACGAGACGGAGACGGAGACGAGACGGAGACGAGACGAGGAGACGAGACGAGACGAGACGGAGACGAGACGGAGACGAGACGGAGACGAGACGAGACGAGACGACGAGACGGAGACGAGACGGAGACGAGACGAGACGAGACGGAGACGAGACGGAGACGAGACGGAGACGAGACGGAGACGAGACGGAGACGAGACGGAGACGAGACGAGGACGAGACGGAGACGAGACGGAGACGAGACGAGGACGAGACGGAGACGAGACGGAGACGAGACGGAGACGAGACGGAGACGAGACGGAGACGAGACGGAGACGAGACGAGGACGAGACGGGGACGAGACGGAGACGAGACAGAGACGAGACGGAGACGAGACGAGGACGAGACGGAGACGAGACGGAGACGAGACGAGGACGAGACGGAGACGAGACGAGGACGAGACGGAGACGAGACGGAGACGAGACGAGGACGAGACGAGGACGAGACGGAGACGAGACGGAGACGAGACGAGGACGAGACGAGGACGAGACGGGGACGAGACGGAGACGAGACGGAGACGAGACGAGGACGAGACGGAGACGAGACGAGGACGAGACGGAGACGAGGACGAGACGGGGACGAGACGGAGACGAGACGGAGACGAGACGAGGACGAGACGGAGACGAGACGAGGACGAGACGGAGACGAGACGGAGACGAGACGGAGACGAGACGGAGACGAGACGAGGACGAGACGGAGACGAGACGGAGACGAGACGGAGACGAGACGAGGACGAGACGGAGACGAGACGGAGACGAGACGGAGACGAGACGGAGACGAGACGGAGACGAGACGGAGACGAGACGAGGACGAGACGGAGACGAGACGGAGACGAGACGAGGACGAGACGGGGACGAGACGGAGACGAGACGAGGACGAGACGGGGACGAGACGGAGACGAGACGGAGACGAGACGGAGACGAGACGGAGACGAGACGAGGACGAGACGGAGACGAGACGAGGACGAGACGGAGACGAGACGGAGACGAGACGAGGACGAGACGAGGACGAGACGGAGACGAGACGGAGACGAGACGAGGACGAGACGGGGACGAGACGGAGACGAGACGAGGACGAGACGGAGACGAGACGAGACGACGACGGAGACGAGACGACGAGACGAGACGGAGACGAGACGAGACGAGACGGAGACGAGGACGAGACGGGACGAGACGGAGACGAGACGGAGACGAGACGAGGACGAGACGGAGACGAGACGAGGACGAGACGGAGACGAGACGGAGACGAGACGGAGACGAGACGAGGACGAGACCGAGGACGAGACGGAGACGAGACGGAGACGAGACGGAGACGAGACGAGGACGAGACGAGGACGAGACGGAGACGAGACGAGGACGAGACGGAGACGAGACGAGGACGAGACGGAGACGAGACGGAGACGAGACGAGGACGAGACGAGGACGAGACGGAGACGAGACGGAGACGAGACGAGGACGAGACGAGGACGAGACGGGGACGAGACGGAGACGAGACGGAGACGAGACGAGGACGAGACGGAGACGAGACGAGACGAGACGAGACGGAGACGAGGACGAGACGGGGACGAGACGGAGACGAGACGGAGACGAGACGAGACGGAGACGAGACGAGGACGAGACGGAGACGAGACGGAGACGAGACGAGACGAGACGAGACGAGACGGAGACGAGACGGAGACGAGACGGAGACGAGACGAGACGGACGAGACGGAGACGAGACGAGAGACGAGACGGAGACGAGACGAGACGAGACGGAGACGAGACGGAGACGAGACGGAGACGAGACGGAGACGAGACGAGAGACGAGACGGAGACGAGACGGAGACGAGACGGAGACGAGACGGAGACGAGACGGAGACGAGACGAGACGGGGACGAGACGGAGACGAGACGAGGACGAGACGGGACGAGACGGAGACGAGACGGAGACGAGACGGAGAAAGACGGAGACGAGACGAGACGAGACGGAGACGAGACGAGAGACGAGACGGAGACGAGACGAGACGAGACGAGACGAGACGAGACGAGGACGAGACGGAGACGAGACGGAGACGAGCGAGACGAGGACGAGACGGGGACGAGACGGAGACGAAGACGAGGACGAGACGGAGACGAGACGAGGACGAGACGGAGACGAGACGAGGACGAGACGGAGACGAGACGGAGACGAGACGGAGACGAGACGAGGACGAGACGGAGACGAGACGAGGACGAGACGGAGACGAGACGAGGACGAGACGGGGACGAGACGGAGACGAGACGGAGACGAGACGGAGACGAGACGAGGACGAGACGGAGACGAGACGAGGACGAGACGGAGACGAGACGGAGACGAGACGAGGACGAGACGGAGACGAGACGGAGACGAGACGAGGACGAGACGGAGACGAGACGGAGACGAGACGGAGACGAGACGAGACGGAGACGAGACGGAGACGAGACGAGGACGAGACGGAGACGAGACGGGGACGAGGACGAGGACGAGACGGAGACGAGACGGAGACGAGACGAGGACGAGACGGGGACGAGACGGACGAGACGAGACGAGACGGGGACGAGACGGGACGAGACGGAGACGAGACGGAGACGAGACGGAGACGAGACGGAGACGAGACGGAGACGAGACGGGACGGGGACGAGACGAGACGGAGACGAGACGCGGGACGAGACGGGACGAGACGGAGACGAGACGGAGACGAGACGAGACGAGACGGAGACGAGACGGAGACGAGACGGAGACGAGACGACGGACGACGAGACGGAGACGAGACGGAGACGAGACGAGGACGAGACGGAGACGAGACGGAGACGAGACGAGGACGAGACGGGGACGAGACGGGAGACGAGACGGAGACGAGACGGGGACGAGACGGGGACGAGACGGGAGACGAGACGAGGACGAGACGAGACGAGACGAGACGGAGACGAGACGGAGACGAGACGGGACGACGAGACGAGACGGACGGGACGAGACGGAGACGAGACGGAGACGAGACGGAGACGAGACGGAGACGAGACGGGGACGAGACGGAGACGAGACGGAGACGAGACGGAGACGAGACGGAGACGAGACGGGGACGAGACGGGGACGAGAUGGAGACGAGGACGAGACGGAGACGAGACGGAGACGAGACGGAGACGAGACGGAGACGAGACGGGGACGAGACGGGGACGAGACGGAGACGAGACGGAGACGAGACGGAGACGAGACGGAGACGAGACGGGGACGAGACGGGGACGAGACGGAGACGAGACGGGGACGAGACGGAGACGAGACGGAGACGAGACGGAGACGAGACGGAGACGAGACGGGGACGAGACGGGGACGAGACGGAGACGAGACGGAGACAAGACGGAGACGAGACGAGGACGAGACGGAGACGAGACGGAGACGGAGACGAGACGGAGACGAGACGAGGACGAGACGGAGACGAGACGGAGACGAGACGGAGACGAGACGGGGACGAGACGGGGACGAGACGGAGAGGAGACGGGGACGAGACGGAGACGAGACGGAGACGAGACAGGGACGAGACGGGGACGAGACGAGACGAGACGGAGACGGAGACGAGACGGAGACGAGACGGAGACGAGACGAGGACGAGACGGAGACGAGACGGAGACGAGACGGAGACGAGACGGAGACGAGACGAGGACGAGACGGAGACGAGACGGAGACGAGACGGAGACGAGACGGGGACGAGACGGGGACGAGACGGGGACGAGACGGAGACGAGACGGGGACGAGACGGAGACGAGACGGAGACGAGACGGGGACGAGACGGAGACGAGACGGAGACGAGACGGGGACGAGACGGGGACGAGACGAGACGAGACGAGGACGAGACGGAGACGAGGACGAGACGGAGACGAGACGGAGACGAGACGGAGACGAGACGGAGACGAGACGGGGACGAGACGGGGACGAGACGGAGACGAGACGGAGACGAGACGGGGACGAGACGGGGACGAGACGGAGACGAGACGGGGACGAGACGGAGACGAGACGGGACGAGACGGAGACGAGACGGAGACGAGACGAGACAAGGACGAGACGGAGACGGAGACGAGACGAGGACGAGACGGAGACGAGACGGAGACGAGACGGAGACGAGACGGAGACGAGACGGGGACGAGACGGGGACGAGACGGAGACGAGACGGAGACGAGACGGAGACGAGACGAGGACGAGACGGAGACGAGACGGAGACGAGACGAGACGGAGACGAGACGAGGACGAGACGGAGACGAGACGGAGACGAGACGAGGACGAGACGGAGACGAGACGGAGACGAGACGGAGACGAGACGAGGACGAGACGGAGACGAGACGGAGACGAGACGAGGACGAGACGGAGACGAGACGGAGACGAGACGGAGACGAGACGAGGACGAGACGGAGACGAGACGGAGACGAGACGGAGACGAGACGAGGACGAGACCGAGACGAGACGGAGACGAGACGGAGACGAGACGAGACGAGACGAGGACGAGACGAGACGAGACGGAGACGAGACGGAGACGAGACGGAGACGAGACGGAGACGAGACGGAGACGAGACGAGACGGAGACGAGACGGAGACGAGACGAGGACGAGACGGAGACGAGACGAGGACGAGACGGAGACGAGGACGAGACGGGGACGAGACGGAGACGAGACGGAGACGGAGACGAGACGAGGACGAGACGGAGACGAGACGGAGACGAGACGAGGACGAGACGGAGACGAGACGGAGACGAGACGAGGACGAGACGGAGACGAGACGGAGACGAGACGAGGACGAGACGGAGACGAGACGGAGACGAGACGAGGACGAGACGGAGACGAGACGGAGACGAGACGAGGACGAGACGGAGACGAGACGGAGACGAGACGAGGACGAGACGGAGACGAGACGGAGACGAGACGAGGACGAGACGGAGACGAGACGGAGACGAGACGGAGACGAGACGAGGACGAGACGGAGACGAGACGGAGACGAGACGGAGACGAGACGAGGACGAGACGGGGACGAGACGGAGACGAGACGAGGACGAGACGGAGACGAGACGGAGACGAGACGAGGACGAGACGGAGACGAGACGGAGACGAGACGAGGACGAGACGGGGACGAGACGGAGACGAGACGAGGACGAGACGGGGACGAGACGGAGACGAGACGGAGACGAGACGGAGACGAGACGGAGACGAGACGGGGACGAGGACGAGACGGAGACGAGACGGGGACGAGACGGGGACGAGACGGAGACGAGACGGAGACGAGACGGAGACGAGACGAGACGAGACGGAGACGAGACGGAGACGAGACGGAGACGAGACGAGGACGAGACGGAGACGAGACGGGACGAGACGGAGACGAGACGGAGACGAGGACGAGACGGAGACGAGACGGAGACGAGACGAGGACGAGACGGGGACGAGACGGAGACGAGACGGAGACAAGACGGGGACGAGACGGGGACGAGACGAGGACGAGACGAGACGGAGACGAGACGGAGACGAGACGGAGACGAGACGGGGACGAGACGAGACGGGGACGAGACGGAGACGAGACGGAGACGAGACGGAGACGAGACGGAGACGAGACGGGGACGGGGACGAGACGGAGACGAGACGGGGACGAGACGGAGACGAGACGGAGACGAGACGGAGACGAGACGGGGACGAGACGGGGACGAGACGGGACGAGACGGAGACGAGGACGAGACGAGACGGAGACGAGACGGAGACGAGACGGAGACGAGACGGGGACGAGACGGGGACGAGACGGAGACGAGACGGAGACGAGACGGAGACGAGACGGGGACGAGACGGGGACGAGACGGGGACGAGACGGAGACAAGACGGGGACGAGACGGAGACGAGACGGAGACGAGACGGAGACGAGACGGGGACGAGACGGGGACGAGACGGAGACGAGACGGAGACAAGACGGAGACGAGGACGAGACGGAGACGAGACGGAGACGAGACAAGGACGAGACGGAGACGAGACGGAGACGAGACGGGGACGAGACGGGGACGAGACGGAGACGAGACGGGGACGAGACGGAGACGAGACGGAGACGAGACAGGGACGAGACGGGGACGAGACGGGGACGAGACGGAGACGAGACGGGGACGAGACGGAGACGAGACGGAGACGAGACAGGGACGAGACGGGGACGAGACGAGACGGAGACGGAGACGAGACGGAGACGAGACGGAGACGAGACGAGACGAGACGGAGACGGAGACGAGACGGAGACGAGACGGAGACGAGACGAGGACGAGACGGAGACGAGACGGGGACGAGACGGGGACGAGACGGGGACGAGACGGAGACGAGACGGGGACGAGACGGAGACGAGACGGAGACGAGACGGGGACGAGACGGAGACGAGACGGAGACGAGACGGGGACGAGACGGGGACGAGACGAGACGAGGACGAGGACGAGACGGAGACGAGACGGAGACGAGACGGAGACGAGACGGAGACGAGACGGGGACGAGACGGGGACGAGACGGAGACGAGACGGAGACGAGACGGGGACGAGACGGGGACGAGACGGAGACGAGACGGGGACGAGACGGAGACGAGACGGAGACGAGACGGAGACGAGACGGAGACGAGACGGAGACGAGACGGAGACGAGACGGGGACGAGACGGGGACGAGACGGAGACGAGACGGAGACGAGACGAGACAAGGACGAGACGGAGACGGAGACGAGACGAGGACGAGACGGAGACGAGACGGAGACGAGACGGAGACGAGACGGAGACGAGACGGGGACGAGACGGGGACGAGACGGAGACGAGACGGGGACGAGACGGAGACGAGACGGAGACGAGACGGGGACGAGACGGGGACGAGACGAGACGAGGACGAGACGGAGACGAGACGGAGACGAGACGAGACGGAGACGAGACGGAGACGAGACGGAGACGAGACGGGGACGAGACGGGGACGAGACGGGGACGAGACGGGGACGAGACGGGGACGAGACGGAGACGAGACGGGGACGAGACGGAGACGAGACGGAGACGAGACGGAGACGAGACGGAGACGAGACGGGGACGAGACGGAGACGAGACGGGGACGAGACGGGGACGAGACGGAGACGGAGACGAGACGGGGACGAGACGGGGACGAGACGGAGACGAGACGGAGACGAGACGGAGACGAGACGGAGACGAGACGGGGACGAGACGGGGACGAGACGGAGACGGAGACGAGACGGAGACGAGACGAGGACGGAGACGGAGACGAGACGGAGACGAGACGGAGACGAGACGGGGACGAGACGGGGACGAGACGGGGACGAGACGGAGACGAGACGGGGACGAGACGGAGACGAGACGGAGACGAGACGGGGACGAGACGGAGACGAGACGAGACGAGACGGGGACGAGACGGGGACGAGACGAGACGAGGACGAGACGGAGACGAGACGGAGACGAGACGGAGACGAGACGGAGACGAGACGGAGACGAGACGGGGACGAGACGGAGACGAGACGGAGACGAGACGGGGACGAGACGGGGACGAGACGAGACGAGGACGAGACGGAGACGAGACGGAGACGAGACGGAGACGAGACGGGGACGAGACGGGGACGAGACGGGGACGAGACGGGGACGAGACGGGGACGAGACGGAGACGAGACGGAGACGAGACGGAGACGAGACGGAGACGAGACGGAGACGAGACGGAGACGAGACGGAGACGAGACGGGGACGAGACGGAGACGAGACGGAGACGAGACGGAGACGAGACGGAGACGAGACGGAGACGAGACGAGACGGAGACGGAGACGAGACGGAGACGAGACGGGGACGAGACGGGGACGAGACGGGGACGAGACGGGGACGAGACGGGACGAGACGGAGACGAGACGGAGACGAGACGGGGACGAGACGGGGACGAGACGGGACGAGACGGAGACGAGACGGAGACGAGACGGAGACGAGACGGAGACGAGACGGAGACGAGACGGAGACGAGACGGAGACGAGACGGAGACGAGACGGAGACGAGACGGAGACGAGACGGAGACGAGACGGAGACGGAGACGAGACGGAGACGAGACGGGGACGAGACGGGGACGAGACGGGGACGAGACGGGGACGAGACGGAGACGAGACGGAGACGAGACGGAGACGAGACGGGGACGAGACGGAGACGAGACGGAGACGAGACGGAGACGAGACGGAGACGAGACGGGGACGAGACGGGGACGAGACGGAGACGAGACGGGGACGAGACGGAGACGAGACGGAGACGAGACGGGGACGAGACGGAGACGAGACGGAGACGAGACGGGGACGAGACGGGGACGAGACGGAGACGAGACGGAGACGAGACGGAGACGAGACGGAGACGAGACGGGGACGUGCCAGAACCGCAGACGCCACGGCCACCGGAAAAUGUGUGUGUGUGUGUGA